AUGGGCUGGGACGCAAAACCAAGCACACAAGAGUGUUAUUACCGUUGGUCUGCAUCAUCCCUCCAAUUUCCCGCAGAAGCAGACCACCACUCACGCUGAGUGGCAAUGACCGCCUCGGAAGAGCCCGGAUCGCGCACAAUCGUGACUCUUAUCGACCAAUAUGCCUCCGAGGACCCAUCACGCGUAUGGGCAGUUGUACCCAUCGAGGACAGCAACUUGAGCAAAGGUUUCAAGAGCAUCACAUAUGGAGAACUAGCCAACGCAAUCAGCCACGCCGCCUUGUGGCUGCAGCAAAAUCUCGAUCCUUCCGUAACGGCCCUCGAAACGAUUGCGUAUGCUGGCCCCAAAGAUAUACGUUAUCCGAUUAUCGCCGUGGCCGCUGCCAAGGUCGGCCGGAAGCUACUUCUACCGUCACCAUACGCUUCAAUUACCGCCCAAUCUUGCCUGCUUGAUGCUUCCAGUUGCAGGGCGUAUCUCUACGCCUCAUCAUUUGGCGCGAAUGUUGAGAAGGUACUUUCCGGCCUGCGGGAAGCCCGACCAACUCCGCUGCAAAUUCCAGAUCUAUCAGAGUGGCUCACAGGAAGCAAAGCUCUAGUUCGCCCAUUUGAACCGCCAUGGCAUGGCGCAGAGUCUGAGCCCUGGCUGAUUUUUCACACAUCUGGAACUACAGGCCUACCUAAGCUCGUGACAUACACCCACCGUAUGAUGGCAUCUCUGGACACUGCAGAACUGAUGCCUGAUGCCGAUCGUGAAACCAUGAAUCGCCACUUCGAGAACAAGCGAUGGUAUACGCCGCUUCCUUCGCUUCACUUUGUCGGCAUGACCGUUGCGCUGCAGUUCACAGUCUACCUCGGAUCGGUCUUGGUUGUUGGUCCCGUAACCUCGGGACCGGCAUCGGUGCAGGUUGCGAGAGAUACGAUGAGGUACGGCAACGUGAAGGGAGCUAUGCUCCCACCUGCGCUCAUCGACGGCCUGUGUGAAGAUGACGCGGGUUUGGACUGUCUGCGCAACCUGGAAUACCUAUAUUUUGCCGGAGCUCCUCUGUUGCGUAAAACGGCCGAAAAGCUCCUAGGACAUGUGACGAUCAAACCAGCGAUGGGCUCCACAGAAGCUGGCGUGUACUUUCUUCAGUUGACAAGCGAGGACGACUGGGAAUACUAUUAUUUCCGCCCGGCCAUGGGCUUGGAGUUCCGGCACAUAGGCGGAGAACUGUACGAACCAGUCUUUGUUCGACAGCCGGCCUUGGAAAGAUGGCAACAAGUCUUUCAAGUCUACCCGGAUCUACAUGAGUUCCCGACAAAGGACGUUUUCUCUCCCCACCCUUCCAAGCCUGGAUUCUGGAAAUAUGUUGGACGCACCGAUGAUAUGAUUGCAUUCUCUCACGGCGAAUGCCUAUACGCCAGCGGCAUCGAAGACGAGAUUUCCAAGUAUCCAAGAGUCGCAGCAGUGCUCGUUGGGGGCCAAGGCAGGACUAGGCCCUUUGUUCUUGUAGAGUGGAAGGAUGGUGCGCCUCACGACAUGAAAAGUCUGGAAGGACUAUGGCAUGUGAUGGAGCAGGCGAACCAGUCUUGCUCGGAUCUGGUGAAGCUGAGCCGCGACCUAGUCCUAUUUGCAGUUCCUGAGAAGCCUUUGGUUCGCACGGCGAAAGGUUCGGUGGCGAGGCGGGAGAGUGAGCAGCUAUUUGCAAAGGAAAUCGAGCUUCUCUACGAGAAGUAGAGGAGAGAUUUCUACCUACAAAGUAUCACAGUCUGGUCUUUCCAACAGCAAUACGCGUCUCACCGGUCUUUUUGCGUACCUCUAUCUAUUUUUGCGAAAGGGUGAGCUUGUCUCUUUCUGACUUGCGG